AUGGCGAGGGGCUUGGGGCAUAUGAUCGGUAUCCUAGUUCGGGGCUUUGAGUGCGGACUCGACAUCGAACUGGAUCAUCUGCUCAACUUGUUGGAGAUCAGAAGGGCUCCAAAAGGAGGUAGAUUUUAUAUCUCCAACAAGUCCAAUCGUUGGAUUAUAGGCGGUUUCCCAAGCAAGGAUCAGUUUUGGACCGAGUGCUUCUUCUAUGUCUUGGUGAACGAGGCGUCGGUGGGCGAGGACUUUGUUCGAAAAACCAAGACCACUUGGGGACCACUUGUUCGAAGCAUUCUUCCUUCCGUUUCUAACGACCUCUUCACUGUUCGAGACACCCUUGCGGCUCAGAGAGUCAAUUGGAGGAAGCACUUCACGUUUGAGAGAGUGGAAAGAGCGCGAGCCAUUUUCACCGGGGUAUCUGUUAGCUCUUCAUCUUUGAAUUCUUCAGGGGAUACAAGAGAGAAGAUGGUGGUCAUCACUCUUAGAGACAGUAAGAGGCGUGAAGCCGAAGAGGCUGCCAAACGAGCCGCCGAGGCGGCUCAAACGGAGGCCAAGGCUGUUACUCGAGACAAUCUGCCAAGCCGUGAAGGGGAAGACGCGACCCGAGCUACGGAGACAAAUGUCACUGAGGCGAUUAAGAAGGGGGUGGCGCCCGAGGUGGAACCGGGUGAGAUCAUCCCCGAGGUAUCCAGAGAGGAUUCCGCGGCUCAGAGCAAGACGCCGUCCAACUCGAAAGACAAGCCGUCCAAGAAGAAACGCAAGCCAGUGCCCGGUGAUCACGCGUCGCGCAAGCCGGUCGUUGACGACCCAGAUGCCUCAGCAGUGAUGUUUUUGCGUGUUAAUAAUGCCAACACGUGUCUUCCUCCUCCCGAUCAGCUGAGUAGACCGAGAUCCUACGGCGCGAUGGCACAGCGCGACAUCAAGUUUGUGGCAGCUAUCAACGAGCUAAUGGCUGAGAACGAGUCGGAUUUGUCCAAGGUUGAAAGUCGUCUAGAUGAGGCUUCGAGUGAGACUGCGACAGCGAAGGGAAAGCUGGACGAGGCGAUGGUCAGUGUCAAGAGGCUAGAAGAGGAGAAGAUAGCUCUUCGUGCUGAUGUUGACAAGGUGUCAUCCACAGUCACUUGCCUCGAGGAGGCCAGGAGAGCCAAAAGCGCCAAGGUGGCGUUGCUCUAG